GGGAACAAGUCCAUUCCAUUCCAUUCCCCGUGUUUCUCACGGGAUUUUCUUUCCUAGACUUACGUGUCAGCAAGUAAUUGGUCAUAGCAAUUGUAAAUGUGAAACCACCGAGACCACGUCACCGCUUUCGUCUACUCUGGGUACUGUUUCAGGUGAUGACUCGUAUGAGUCGCAAAUGGCGCCUACGGAAUCUGACGGCUUGCAUUGCUCUGCAUGUAUUGACCAAACUGUGAUUCUGGAUACCGGCUUUUUAUAUACCUUUCGUCACAUGCUUUUUUAUUGUCCUAAUUUCUGCAACAGAAACCCAUUUCUCCAACACCAAAAAAAAGACGAGAAAUAUUUGAAAACAACUGGUGUCGAGAAUGGCUGGGGAAAGCGGUGGUGAUUCUGCAACUCUUGAAACGACGCCAACAUGGGCGGUGGCGACGGUUUGUUUCUGUCUGAUAGCAGUUUCUAUACUUAUAGAACACGGUCUUCAUCUCUUAGCAAAGUACUUGAGCAGGAAGAGGAGGACAUAUCUCAUUCACGCUCUUAACAAAAUCAAAUCAGACUUGUUGCUUUUGGGCUUCAUCUCCUUGUUGCUGACCGUAUGUGAAAAGCCAAUUGCAAAUAUAUGUAUUCCCAAGGGUGUUGCUCAUUCUUUUCUUCCGUGCCACAGCUUGACAAGCGAGGAAGAGGAGGAAUCCAAAUGUGAAGAACAGGAUAAGUUAUCUUUGAUUUCGAGAGUGGGCAUCCAGCAACUCCAAUUGUUGAUAUUUUUUCUAGCUUUCUUCCAUGUUUUGUCCAGUUUUCUCACAUUCAGUCUUGGGAUAGCUAAGAUGAGAAGAUGGGAACAUUGGGAAGCAGAAACUAGGACUUUGGAAUAUGAAUUUUCGAAUGAUAACCGGAGGUUUCAGCUCAUUCAUCAAACAUCAUUCGGAAGACGACAUCUUAAAUUUUGGAGUGAACAUCGGCUCCUCCGUUGGCCGGCUUGCUUUCUUCGUCAAUUCUAUGGAUCUGUUUACAAAGUAGAUUAUUUCACUCUUCGACAUGGAUUCAUCGUGGCACAUUUUGCUGAAGAAAGUGAUUUUAAUUUCCAAAAGUAUCUAAAGAGAGCACUGGAAAAAGAUUUUGGUAUCGUCGUGGGCAUGAGGCUUUGGAUCUGGAUCUUCUCUGUACUCUUCAUAUUCUUCAAUGCAUUUGUAUUUCGCAACUAUUUUUGGCUCCCAUUCAUUCCGCUAUUGAUGUUACUGGUUGUUGGGACAAAGCUGCAAGGCAUCAUUACCAAAAUGUGCUUAGACAGCAGCGAUAAAUCUCAUGUUGUUCAAGGAACUCUGCUUGUUCAGCCUGGCGACCACCUCUUCUGGUUUGAUAGACCAGAAUUACUUCUCCAUCUCAUGCACUUAAUCUUAUUUCAGAACUCAUUUCAGUUGGCAUUCUUCGUGUGGUCUUGGUACAAAUUCGGUCUGAGAUCAUGCUUCCAUCGGAAAACUGAGGAUAUCGUCAUAAAACUCAUAGUAGGAGUAGUGGUAAACUUUCUCUGUGGCUAUGUGACUCUGCCUCUCUAUGCAUUAAUCAAUCAGAUGGGGUCAUCAAUGAGAAAUUCUGCUUUCACAGAAGAAGUGAUGGGAGGCCUAAAAAGGUGGCGAGUCAAAGCAAAGAAAAACUUGGCUGAUAAGCGUCACAAGGAUUUGGCACGUCGUUCUUUAGAUGGUUUGCUUGAUACGUCAGUUGAAUCCUCUCCAUCAUGCGGUACUCUUGAUCCUUCGUUCUCUAUAGAAAUCGAUUAUGCUAGUGACAGCGGUGUUGUAUCAAACGAAAAUAGCGUUGCAAGAAGGCAACCUGAGCAGCAUCAGAAGCCGGGAUCUUUCGAAGGUUUUGAAUUGAGUAGAACGUAUUAGUGAGUAUUGAAGACACGGCAUGUACAUUUGAAUUUAUUUCAUCUCACCACAUUUUUAGUUUAGAAAAGUUGUUUGAGGAUGCUUUUGCAGAA